UUAAAACAAAACCGUAUAUUUUAUUUUGGAAGACAUAAAUUACCCAGAAAUAGUUCACUCAACGUUAAAAUAAACCGAACAUUGGUCCUUCGAGCCGGAUGGUCUCAAGAAGCAAGGAAAUUGGUCAGAAAAGCCGACAAGAAUCAACUUUGUGGAAUUUAUUGUCUUUAUAGCGAAUUAGGUUUAAACCAGUUUUAAACAAAUACGAUUAAAAACAAACAGCUUAUUAUCGAUAUGACAGAAAUUGAGAGAUUAGUACGGAGACGAGCAGCCUUUAAGGCUCAGAUAACAAUCCUAAACAAUUAUCUAAACGAGUUAGAGGGUAAGUUUAUAAAUGCUAAUAUAACCGACGAUAUAAUACUUACAGAACUAUCACAGCGUAAAGAUCGAUUUAUCAAUUUAAUUGAGAAACUUGAUGAGGUACAAUUGCAAAUAGAAGAAAUUACCACAAAUUUUGAUGUAGAACUAGAUGAACGCACAGCAUUUGAAUCAGAUUUCAAUAAAACAUUAGCACGAGCAAGGUAUUUCUUGCAGAAAAGUAAAACGACUAAUAUUGAACAAGACAAUGAUAAUCUUUCUUCUCAAAGAUCAGAAACGGGUUCUGAUAAUGUGGCCUUAUGUCAAAAUUUAAAUAACCUCAAACUCCCAGCCAUUGAAAUUCCUACUUACGAUGGUGAUUACGAUACUUGGCUUGAAUUUAGAGACACGUACGAGUCACUAAUUCAUACAAAUGUUAAUUUAUCUGAUAUACAGAAAUUCCAUUACCUUAGAGCAUUUUUGGGUCCGCGUGUAAGAGAGAUUAUUGCUAGUUUGGCAUUUUCUGCUUUAAAUUAUAAACCUGCUUGGGAAUUAAUUUGUAAUCGUUUUAAUAAUAGUCGUAUCUUAAAGCAAAAUCAUGUUAAAGCCUUAUUUAAUCUCAAUCAGGUUCAUGAAGAAUCAUCUCAAGCUUUAAGAAAACUUAUUGACAAUGUAUCUAAGCAUUUACGAGACCUCACCAUUUUAGAUGAACCUACAAACACAUGGGAUACAUUGGUAAUAUAUUUAAUUUCUAUAAAACUAGAUAAUGAGACAUUAAAGCAUUGGGAGGAAGCAAAAUCUGGUUAUGUAAAUCCAACUUUAGAUAAUUUAACCACAUUCUUGAAGCAUCGAGCAGACAUGUUGGAAACAUUGGAACAAAGUAAGAAUUCUAAACGAGUCAUUCCAAGGUCAAAGGGUGACAAUAAAACAAAAGCCUUUGUUGCAUCAAAACCGUACUGUGUAUAUUGCAAAAAGGACCAUUACAUUCAAAAUUGUGAGGCAUUUGUAAGGUUAUCAAUCGAACAAAGACGAACACAAGCAAUGAAAAAUCACUUGUGUCUUAACUGUUUAAGGUUGGGUCAUACAAGUAAAAUGUGCUAUGCAAGUUCCUGUAAAACCUGUAAUGCUCGACAUAAUACCUUAUUACAUGAAGAACGAGUAUCCAGUUCAGAAUUUUUAGAAUGA